CCUUGGCGCCUUCCACGGCUCCACUACCACCACGGCACCACCACCUCCACCACCACGUCGCAGCCGUUUCUCUGCAGCAAGCCAGCAACCCACCGCUAACCCCCGCCGCUUCUCUCCAGCAACCCACCGCAUCCCGGCCCGCGCGGCAGCAGCAGCAGCCAGCGUCGCCCCCCGCGUUACGACCGCCAUGGCCGCCGCGCGCUACGACGUGGAGCAGGGCGGGAGGGGCGGGGAGGGGAAGUACCCGCCGCCGCCGGAGCAGAUGUACCCGCAGCGGGAGGGGGAGAGGGAGUGGGUGCCCUGGUUCGUGCCGGUCGUCGUGGCCGCCAACAUCGCUCUCUUCGCCGUCGUCAUGUACGUCAACAACUGCCCCGCCCACGCCGCCUCGACUCGCCGCGGCGGCGGCGGCGGCGGCGGCGCCUGCGUCGCGCGCGGGUUCCUCCACCGCUUCGCCUUCCAGCCGCUCAGCGAGAACCCGCUCCUCGGCCCAUCGUCGGCGGCGCUGCAGAAGCUGGGAGCACUUGUGUGGGACAAAGUUGUGCACGAGCACCAGGGUUGGAGGCUCCUGACGUGCAUCUGGCUGCACGCCGGCGUUGUCCACCUGCUAGCCAAUAUGCUCAGCCUCGUGCUCGUCGGACUCAAACUCGAGCAACAAUUUGGAUAUCUGAGAAUCGGUGUCAUCUACAUUGUUUCUGGCGUUGGAGGCAGCGUGCUUUCAUCUCUGUUCAUCAGGAACAACAUCUCUGUUGGCGCUUCUGGAGCCCUCUUUGGACUCCUUGGAGCCAUGCUGUCGGAGCUCUUCACCAACUGGACAAUCUACUCAAACAAGGCUGCAGCCCUGGUGACCCUCUUGGUCGUUAUCGCCAUCAACCUCGCCAUCGGCAUCCUCCCGCACGUCGACAACUUUGCGCACAUCGGAGGAUUCCUCACUGGUUUCCUCCUGGGAUUCAUCUUCCUGAUGCGCCCGCAUUACGGUUGGAUGCAGCGCUAUGUCCGGCCCUCGGACAUCAAGUACACCACCAGGAAGUACCUGCCCUAUCAAUGGGUUCUGUUGGCCGUAGCUUCGGUCCUCGCUGUCCUCGGAUUCGCCGUUGGGAUGGGGAUGCUUUUCAAGGGAGUGAACGCGAACGACCACUGCCAGUGGUGCCACUACCUCAGCUGCGUCCCGACAUCUAGAUGGAGCUGUGGGAAGUGAAGGUUGGUGCUUGAGACACCUUUCGACUGAAACCAGGAGAUGGCGCCAUGAGAACAUUUUCGGGCAAGCAUUUCGAUGAAUAGAUAGAUAGAUAGAUACAGCUCAUACUGUUGUGGUGUACAGAGUAUCAUCAGAACCCGAUUGAUCAAUCAACGAUUCAUUUAUUUAUUCAGCUAUAUUUGAAAUGGAAAUGACUUUAAUCU